CAACGUCGCCCACACCUCUCGAGACUCGCGCACAAUCAUCGCCCGCCCGUCACUCAACAGACACGGACACACAGACACACACACACAUUCACACCCGUUUCUUCCCUCUCUCAGCGCGCGCGCUCUGCCUGCCUGUCCACCGAUGACCACCACCGUAUCCGUCGUCCCAGCCUUCUUUUUGCCCUUAUCACAACACACAGACCGAGUCGAUUUGCGUGUUUGUCUUCCAAUCAUUCUACGGUCCAUCGCCGCUCUUACGCAAGGAAUAGGAAAAAGCACGGUCGGUGUCGAGUAUCGGCCGUGGUGGUGCUUGCGUGUGCUUGUUGCAAUCCUGGGAUCCUCUCUUGUUCGUGCCGCGGGUCGCUCAUACUGCUUGCUGGCCAUUGCGUCUGAUGUUUUUUCUCUACCACCACUACAGUACUACUGUCCUGUGCAUCCUCCACCCAGGGCAAAUCCAGUCUCCUCCGGUACUGCCACCACCUUUUUCUGCUUCUUCUGUGGUUGUCGGUUUUGGAGCUGGUGCCACAUUUUUCCAUCUCGCCCAUCCUCACCAUCACUAUUACCUCCACCACCACCACCACCUGCACCCAUCCACCCUAUUCCCAUUCCAUCCGCACUUCCUUCCCUCCCCAUCGACCCAAAAUAUCUCUCCCUGCCUGCCGCGCCUACAGCGAGAUCUUUAGACCUGCCGCUUCCCGCCUCCACUUUGCUGCACGAUUUCCUGCGCCUGCCAUUUCUUACCACCGUCAAACCACAUCGUCUACCAUCUUUCAAUUGACCUCUACUCGAGGACGACGACGACGACGAAGAGGAGGAAGACAAACGACCAACCAUAACGACCACGACCGGACUCGUCGUGUGUUUCAUCGGCCUGCCCAACACUCUUCCAACCACGAUCACGGCCACCUCUUUAAUGAC